UUGUUUUGGACGCCUCCUGGAAGCCAAUCGGUUAAUUCGGUGACCAUUGUCAGACGCAAAAAAAAACCUCAACAGACUAUAAAGAUAUAUCGUUGGGGUUUCAACGAUUCCAGUCCCGGUUUGAACGUGUCGUUGCCAAGUAGUCCCAUUUAGUGAUAGUGAUCAAGUCGUUAGCUAAUCCGGAAAGAUUAUCGGUCGCGAUCUUUGUUGACGGUUUUUUUUUUUGCUAAUCCAAGGAAUUAAGGUAAAUUUUGCAAUUAAUUAGAAAAAAAAUUCAAAUGAUUAGGAAUCUUGAAUAAGUUAUUCACAAUGCGAUUGGGAUACUCAACAAACAUAAAAACCAUACAAGUCCUUCCUCUGGCAGCAUUUUUAUUGGCCUCGUGUGGCUCGAUUUUUGCCAUUGAAGCACCGGAACCAUCUUCUGUCCUGAGGCCCCGUGACAUCAACCCGCACCCGUAUGACGAUGCCUACGAUGGGGUUUCAAUAUUCGAAAAAAAUGCCGCCAUCAAUGGAGAGAAAUUCAUGGAAAACUUACUCAAUCAAGGUCCCAUACAGUUCCCACAGAUCGUGGACAGCGACGCGAUGAAUGCUCUGCCUCAUCCGUACGAGCGAUUCGCGCUGAAAGAACGGGCUGGCAAGACGGAGAGGUUUUCCGGUGCGGACAAUCUGAUUGUAAAGCCAGCCUACAGGGCACUCGCCAAGCACGCGGCCAAGGUGUUGAAUCGGCAGUUGGCGAAAAGUUUGGACGACGAAGACGAGAUUGAUAACUACAACGAAGCUACUAAUGUUCAGAAUCAGUAUGCAUUUUCGUACGCGGUGAAGGAUGCUGCCUCUGGAGAUGAUUUUUCCCACAGUCAGCAGCAGCAAGUGGACGGUGCUGUCAAGGGAAGUUAUAAGGUGCACUUACCUGACGGUAGAAUGCAAAUUGUGAAGUACAUUGCUGAUAACAAUGGUUAUCGUGCAGAUGUAACUUAUGAGAAUGAGCCGAAUUCGAAUCUCAUUAAUCAUGCAGUAACAGCAGCACCAGAAGAGGUUCAAGUUCCAGCUUCAGCUGUUCCGGUAGUUUCUCCACUAGCAUCAGCACAACCCAUCUACAAUUACUACAAAAAUCUACAUCAGCGCCAGCAAUACAUCCAGCAACCAGCCCUCAUUCAGCAACAGCAUCAACCUCAACAGCAAGUGAUUUACUAUCCGCAGACAGGACCUACCCAAAUUCCUGCUCCUUAUUACCCGGCUCGUCUUCGGGUUAACGAUGUCAAAAUACACAGCUACAAUACGGCUCCUCAUGCUAAUACACUAAUUCGCUCAACGCUGGCUCCGAACGGUAGAGCGGCCUACAUUGCGUUACAUCCCUCCGCUAACCUAGCGUACGUAUCGUCGACACCGAAUCCAUCGGCCCAAAUUCAAUCGAACGCCCUGAACCAAGCUGGUCUGAUCCCGGUCAUUGUAACGACUGCACGCCCAACUGCCAUCCCUUACUAUCAUCGUGAUAUCCACGUUACUCCAGCGCCUCUAGGUCCACGAAGAACAACUAUUUACAAUAACGGACCAGGUCAGCAACGGCUCUACGCCCAACAAAUCGCUGCUCCCAUCCAGGCAAACAACAACCAAGAACAGGCCUAUCAAUACGUGCAAAUACCGGCGAGCAACCACGUGUACAAACGUAACACCGAUAAGGACAGCAAGGUCGUGAAGAGUUCUGCCGACGUAGAGCAGAAGAAGCCAACGAAAGUAGCUUCGUAGAAUAAGCAGCGAAUGUGAUUGAUAAUAAAAUGUGUA